AUGCAUGCUCGAUAUCGACAAGAUGCUCGGUCCAACACAAUUCUCUUUGAAUCGACAAAAUGCACGGAGGUAAAUUCCUCGCAGCUUCUGCCGCCCUCAAAGUUGACUUUAAAUCAAGCUGUUGAAGAAGCCGAAGUUUUGCGCCAGCGUGCGAGAGGUCUGCUGGAGGAGGUCGAGACCAUGGAAGCCGCGUUGAAAGAGUCUCGAUCGCGGAAAGCCAAUAAAAAAAUAUCAGAAAAGAUGCAUAUGGUUGAUAAGCUCUUCUUGAAUCGGCCGCUGACACCGGAAGCGGUGGCGCGCGUUAUGCGAGAAGAACGCUGGUCAGCCGAUCAGGCCUGUCUCGUUUUGGAUGCCUUGUACGAUCGGUUGACGCAAGGAUCUAGCACUUUAUCACCUGCCGAACUAAAAAUCGGCGAUCAUCAAACAAGGGAAGGAGCCAACCACACCGAGGUGUUGAUUUUGGAAUCUUACAUUGAUUGCUUGAUUCGUGGCGCGGAGAAUUUAGAUCAAGCAUGGAGCAGUCCCUCCGAAAGCCGCCAUCCUCGAUGGUCUGGUCGGGUAGCGUCCACGCUAAAAUCACAACUCAACGAACGUUAUCGCAGAGAUGCAGAAAAUUUUCAAUUGCGAGUAGCAGCUGGGGCUAACGACGCUGUUCUAAACGCAAACGAAACCGUACAGGAGUAUAUGCGGCGAACACUUGGCUUACCGUCUUUAACGGAGGAAAUGUUGGGAAAGUCUAGAAACCUCACACAUGUCAUGAAUCGUAUUUCGCUGAUACCAGUGUGGAUACCAUCGUCUUUGCUACAAUUCGUGACUCGUACCAGAGCCAGAAUCAGCCCCGCGGACGUUAAAGCUAUCAAGAAUGAAGUGUUAGUGGAGAGCCGCUUCUUUUGUACGUCGUUUGAUUCCAUACCAAGCGCUGCGAUCUUUCGAGGUAAUUUAAGACCGCCUGUAGGGCAUACUGAAACACGGAAUUUGCCUGCCGAGUGCUUCAGAGCGAUUCAGCAAAAAAUGGAUGAACGAGGUCUGUCGGAAAGAGUUCAGCUCUUCCUCAUGCCAGAUCCAGAGUGGCGACCAACCAGAGACGUGAGAGAUUCGAAACCUAAACCGGUAAUUUUAGCUAUCCCACAAGACAUUGGCCCAUCGAGACCGGAAAGUGUGGACUGGAGACGAUUCGCACUCAAAUGCUUUGCUGUUGGACUGAGCGCAUUAACGACUUAUACAUACUCUGUCAGCUGUUUUGCACUGAAUCCAUUUUUCUUCGAGUCAAUUGUCAGUCGAAAUGACGUGUCAGUGCUAAGAGUCUGCCUCCCAGUGUUUGUCGGGGUUGUGGCUGUACAACUUGUUCACGAAUUAGCGCAUUACUUUGUUGCGAAACAGCGUGAUAUCAAGAUAGGAUUACCCACUACCGUUCCUUCGACGCAACUGGGUACGUUCGGCUGCGUAACCCCUUUAAAAUCCUUUCCUACAACCCGCGAAGCCCUUCUCGAUUUUUCCCUGAGCGGACCUGUCGCUGCAAUUUUGAUGUCAAUCAUCAUGAUGAGCCUUGGUAUCUCCGCAACCCUCAAUGCGUCCGCAGCCACUAUCUCAACCUUUCCAACGGUUCCUCUCACUAUGUUAAAAUCCAGUCUUCUAACCGGAAUACUAUUGAGCGUGCUAGCACCAAAAGUUAUGAUGAUGCCCCUGCCUCAACCUAUUCCGCUACAUCCCAUUUUCUUCGCUGGGUUUGUCGGACUCAUUUCUUCUGCCCUGAACUUGUUACCAAUAGUUCGCAUUGAUGGCGGACGCGCCUGUACAGCGGCACUGGGGGGCCGUGUGGGCGCCUUCGCCUCCAUUGGAACCGCCAUGUUUUUGUUGUCGUUCCUGGCUUCUGGAAGUUCUGGUUUGGGCCUAGCAUUCGGAUUGUUUGUGGGAAUCUUUCAGCGCCGACCUGAAGUCCCCGUGCGAGAUGAAGUAACCGAAGUCGGUAGGUUCCGACUCGGGGCAUGGGUAGUUUCCGUGGGAAUUGCCGCUUUUUCCUUAAUGCCAUUUCCAGGAUGCUCCGGAAUUCUUUAG